UACGCACCAGGCACUGAGCUUGGAGCCACUUGCGAUGGCACGAUAGAAAAAGUUUACGACCUCAUUCACUGCAUCAAUAAGUACCAGCCGUACUGCUUCUAA